AUGGCAAUCUCAAGGACCCAUAACAAGGACUUUCAGGCCCUGAUGGAGCAGGUUACCGAGUCCAUGCGACGCCACGUGGUCCUGCGAUCGGCCAUCAAGAAGAUCCUGCAUCUGGAUGGUACUCCUUUGAAAUCGGUGAGCUGCAUUGGCGAGGGGGACAUACUGAUCUGCUGCUGCCAGUACGAGGAGAUGAUUCGUAUUGAGUACACUGUAAACAAGGACUUCCAGAAGCAAAGGGAAUUGCAGACCCGCUGCGACGAACGGAGGAUCUAUGGGGAUACCCUGGAGAACGUCAAGCCAACGGAUCUGCCCGAGACCAUUCGUCAGCAGUUGAAGCACCUGCAACCCCUUAUGCAAACCCCAAGGACGGUGAUCUUCCGUGGAUAUAGGAGGUGCAAUGGAACCAAGCGCGUCGUGAAGAUGGUAAACAAGCAGUACAUGGACUACAACUUGGAUGAUCCUUACUUAGAGGUGGAGGUACUACGCUUGCUGAGGUCGCACCCAAACAUCGUGGAAAUGAUGUACUCUUUGAAGGAUGAGAGGCAUUUGUACAUGGUUAUGGAGUACAUGGAGUGGGAUGUCGACGAGGUGAUCCAGGUGUACGGUCCCAUGUCGGCGGUGAAUGCCAGAAAAGUGAUGAAAGACGUGUCUGCCGGUUUAAAACACAUGCAGGAAAUGGAACUUAUCCACCGGGACAUCAAGCCAGCCAACAUGCUCAUGAGAUAUUCAACCGAAACUGGGGUCGAAGCUGUCAAGAUCACAGACUUUGGCAUGGCCGUGUUCUACAAGGGCAGCAAGCUGCGCUCCUGUUGUGGAACCCCCGGCUUCAUGGCUCCCGAGAUGAUAGCAGAACGUGGUUACGAUUACCAGGUGGACGCCUGGUCACUGGGCGCUAGCCUCUUUCACGUGCUCUACGAAAGGUUGCCCUAUGCCGAUGAUUACACGACUCUCGAUGAGAUUUAUGCGGCCAUCUUGAGUGGUGGACCCAACUAUCCCGAGGAAAUGAUAAAAGACACCGAUCCAGAGGCCAAGGAUUUGAUUGAGGGUCUGCUCGUGAGGAAACCCAACAACAGGCUCACCAUCGAUGAGGUGCUCAAGCAUCCGUUUGUAGAUCAAUAG